AUGUCAACUGCAAGUUCACAUGCUUAUAGCAAUCUCAGUCUAACAUCAAAUCCCCUUGCAACAAUGAUAAAACCCGACAUCAUAUCAAUGACAUCUGGUAGUCAAGUGAUAAAUGUUUCUGGUGGUGGCGGAGGCGGUGAUCUGACGUCGUCAUCAUCUACCACAUCAUUAAAUCGUGCAAAUCCCCCUUCGAAUUCAUUAAACGUCAGCAGUCAUACAUUGGAUAAAGUAAAGGUUGCCAAAGUUACAUUGGAAUAUUAUUACGAUAAUUUGAUUGUUCAAUAUCGAGAACGUCAAAAUAG